AAUAAAUGAUCAUGUCAUACGAAAUGGAGCAAGACAUGAAUCAAGAUGAUUACAUGGAGCAGGACGAUUUAGUAAGAGAACAAGAGAAGGAGCGAAUAAAGAAUGAAAAGAGAGAGAUUCGUCAAAAAUACCGGAAGCUCAUCUCGGACACCGAAGAGCAUCGGAAGGAGCUUAUGGACCCGACGAAUAAUGGGCUUCUGGCGAAUGUAGAUCAAGCAAAUAGGUUGUACAAGCAUGUAUUUGGAACCCAUGAGGCGACACUGGAUGCAAAACUGCUGGUCACUACAGCUGACUUGGGUAUGCAAAAAGCUAAACAUCUGCGGAUGGGACAAGGAGGAUUCGAUGAAACGGAAUAUCUCACGCGACUAGUCAAUCAGAUGGGUGGCCAUGACAUUGAUAGCGAGCAUAUUGGUAUGGAUUGGGCCAAGAUUGGACGUAUGGCCGUCAAAUGGACGCGGAGAGCGCCUACCAUGGAUUUCAUGUUGGGACCAAUGUCUGUAGAACACAAAUCAAGGGCGCCCAUUCACAGACAAAAGAUUGUUAGAGAUCCAAACGCGAUGAGGAAACCUCAGGAGCUGCGAGAAGAAGAUAUUGCGCGACAGGAGAACGAGACCACGAAGAAUGUGAUGCAGAUUGCAGAGAUUCUGGAGAAUUGUACUGAUAAGAUUAAUCUGUUUGAACUAGUCAUCAACCCUGAAUCAUUUGGCCAGACUGUCGAAAAUAUAUUCUAUCUGUCCUUUUUGGUACGUGAUGGUAAAGUGAGCAUCACAGAGGAGGACAUGGAUGAUCCUAACCGUGGUCAAUAUGGUGAAGACGAUGAGAUUCCGGAGCCGAAGGAAGGUGCCAACAUCCAACCCAUGGUUGAGCUGACAGAGAUGCCCACAGCAGAAGAUUAUCAGGGUGGAUUGCUCAAGAAGCAAAUGGUUAUGGACAUUGAUAUGGCUAUGUGGAGACAACUCAUUGAUGUAUACGAUAUCCGGAGAACCAUGAUUCCUACGCGUCGUGUCAAGGAUCAUGUCGAGAAGGGCAAAUGGUAUGGUUAAGUUAGAAAACAUGGGAUGUAUUUUAAAGCAACUGUAAUAUAAUGGCAAAG